CACAUUCAAAUGAAAAUUGAAUCCCAUUAUUUUCCCACCAAUUAAUACAUUUCCCAAUGGUAACUAAUAUCUCUUCUUUGAUCACCUCUCUAUAUAUUAUAUGCCACUCUCCAAAAUCUCCACAAUCUAGCAGAGACUUUCUACAUUCUCUAAAACCCUAAUCUCCAAAACCAUGGAAAUAUCUGAGUUCUCCAAAAUAUGCAUGAUCUGUAUCACAUUGCUCUCUUUGCCAAUGGCUUCACAACAAUCCCCACAAAGCUUACUCACAUAUGACACCAUCCUUACAGAUGAUGAGACGAUUUCCCUAGCUGCUGCUCAAUCUCCAUCACAAUCUUCUUACCCCGAAAGCCCCUCUCCUGAAGCCAGAGGCUAUUUGGCUUCUUCAACAGAUCCAGAUGAAUACAAUCCACCACCACCACCACCACAACCUUACAUUGACACAUUUGCCCCUGAAUCUCAAAACAACCAGCUUCUCUCUCCAGACUACUCUACUUCCCCUUCCCCCGUUUACCUCAAAGAUUACCCUUAUGCUCCUUCAUACAUUGAAGUUCAGGCUCCUGAAAGUUACUAUGGCUACAGUCCAAUUCAAGCUCCAAUUCCGCCACUGUCUUCUGAAACGGGAUCUUCUCGAUUUUUGGAUACUAAUGAUUUGACUUCUCCUCCAAACUUGGCUCCUCAGCCCUAUUGGCUUCCAACUAUAGAGCUGAGGAUAAGAAUGGUGAGCUUGAUGAGCUAGAAUCUGAUGAAGCUUAUAACUCUCUGACUAGAAUAAGAACAAAUCAACAAUGGCGGGUUUUGUGCUUAGGGCCAUUUGCUUGGUUGGAUUGGCAGGUUUUGUGUACAAGAAGAAGAAGAAUAGUAAGUCAAAAGCAGAUUAUGAGUAAAAAUUGGCUAAGAGAGAGGAUCUCUGAACCUCUUUGCCAAUGCCGUCUUUGAUUUUGGAGGUUUUGUGAAAAAUUUGUAAAGGGGUCUUCUUAAGAUAGUUUUAAGUUUUUAAAAAGUACGAUAAUGUAUUGAUACUAGAAAACAUUCACUUAAAUCAAAACAAAGUCACUUAGUACUACAGUCUAGUCGUAUUCCUCUUCACUUGUAAGUGAAAGGUCCUAUGUUCAAUUUUCGUCAAAGGCGAAUUUAAACCACAUUAUUAUUAGUCCAUUGUUAGGCUUAGCCCACUCCCCCACCCUCUUAGCAUAGAUAAUAUUGUUUAUUAAAAAAAAAAAAAUCAAAACAAACUUUAGCACUCACUGAUUGCAUAUUUACAAAUGUCCUCAAUGAUAGGUAAAAAGAGCUACAAAUAUAACCUUCACUAAAUAAUCAAAAACAAUUUUAUCUUAAAUAACCAAACACGAAAAUAAAAACAUCAGACCUCUAACUUUAAAGUUCACUUGAAUAUAUAACGUUGUUAUAUUAUAAAAUUAAGAAACUGUCGUUUUCCAAGGUGUUAUUAUUAACACUCAAAAUAUCUAAUUGUACUCCAAGUUUUUAUAUUUAGAAAGAAAAAGAAACAUUCUUAUAAGAAGUGAAAAAUGCGGUUUAAAGUGCUAACAAAAAUAAUAUUUUAAAUAUGGAACACUAUUACAUGAUGUUAGAUGACAAAAAUUUAGGGACCCUUCCAAAUUUGAGAUCCUAUGUGACUGCA